AUGCCGUCCGCGAUUAGGGCUGGGCUCGGCGGGGUCGUCGUCUGGGUGGCUCACUCUGACUGGAAACCGCUUUCUUCUUCUGGCCCGUUUGGCGCACACCUCACGGAAAACGGGAACGGGUUCGCCUCGGCGUCGAGUGGUGAAUGUAUUCGGGCUCGUCCAUGUAGCAUCCAGCGGUGGGAUACGGCGCGCGACCAUGCCCGCAACUGCGCGCCUUCGGCGCUGCGGCCAGCAGGGGGGGUUCGCCGCCCCCUUGCUGAUUCUCUCGCUAAUUUUUUCGUAUGCAGCGUCGAGCUCCUCCGCACGGAACCUUAUGGUUCAAAACAGCAACACCAGCCUCCAGCACGAAGUCGACGCGCUGGGCGGCAUGUCUCCCAGCUCAGCCCGCGCCGCCGCCACCGAGAGGGAACGUCGGCCGGUGGCCUCGAAGACAGCUGGACGUCGCGGUGUGAGGAACGCACCCGUGGGGGGGGGGGGGGGGAGCCAGGCGGGCAACUGCAGAGGGCGACGUGCCACAGGGGAGCUGCGAACGCAGGCCCGCGGUGGCGAACGCGUCUUCUGGCUCUGCCAGCCCGGCUGUUUGCCGGCCGCACGUUGCUGGAGUGCAUGCAGGUGCGGUCGCCGAGUCCUCGAGCGCCGGGACUGCGGAACUCCGCGCGACGUCUCAGCGACGACUCGCAGCCGACAGUGCCGCCACAGUGCAGAGUGCCGUGCGGCGCGCCAGACGAGCGCCUGUCGCAGGGGAGUGCCGAUGAUUCCGACCAGGGUGCCGGAGCCGGCAGCGAGACGCCGGUCAGCGGCAGCGGGCAGGCUUGCGCCGAGGGGGCACCUGCCUUGGGGUCUCGGCUCGAGGCUGGAGCGGAGGCGCACCGAGGCGAAGGCGCCGUGCUUCAGCAGCUGCCGUCCCGCUCCUCUGAUGGCGGUUGCGGUGGCGCUCCCCCUGACUCACAGGGAGCCCUCCAAGCGGCCGUCAAUAUCUCUUCCUUUGAUGGAUUCUCCAAAGGAACUUGGAAAUCCAGUUGUGUGGCUCGCGCCCAUUCAGCGGGAGCUCCCUAG